AUGACGAUAACGGAGUAUAUUAGUGCCCUGUCCGAAAAUCCCUAUUUCGGAGCCGGCUUCGGUUUGUUCGGUGUCGGUGCCGGGGCAGCAAUGUUACGUAAAGGAAUGCAAGGUGCACUGAUACUGUUCCGGCGGCACUACAUGAUAACGCUGGAGGUACCAUGCCGGGAUAAAUCGUACCAGUGGUUGCUCCAGUGGAUCACUCAGAAGGGCGCCCGACAAACGCAGCAUCUCAGCGUGGAGACGUCCUUUGAGCAGCGUGAUACGGGUCACGUUAAAACGCGGUACGACUUUAUACCGUCCGUCGGCACGCACAUCAUGCGGUACGGUGGCACUUGGAUAAAGGUAGACCGUGCCCGGGAGCAGCAUACGCUCGAUCUACACAUGGGUGUACCGUGGGAAACGGUACAACUGACCGCAUUCGGUAGGGAUAAGAAUUUGUACUUCAAAAUUCUGGAGGAGGCCCGACAGCUGGCGCUGAAAAACACGGAAGGAAAGACGAUUAUGUACACGGCGAUGGGUUCCGAAUGGCGACCGUUCGGUCAUCCACGAAAACGGCGUCCGAUUGGUUCCGUAGUGCUAGAUGAAGGUGUUUCGGAGCGUAUAUUGCGCGAUUGCCGGGAGUUUAUUAAAAAUCCACAAUGGUACUCGGACCGCGGAAUACCGUACCGGCGAGGCUAUUUGUUGCACGGUCCGCCCGGAUGUGGUAAAUCUAGUUUCAUCACUGCCCUGGCUGGAGAGAUCGAGUUCGGUAUCUGUCUGCUAAAUCUGUCCGAGCGUGGCCUAACCGACGAUCGGUUAAACCAUCUAAUGAACGUUGCACCCCAACAGUCGAUCAUACUGCUGGAGGAUAUCGAUGCCGCGUUUGUGUCGCGCCAGGACACACUGCAGCAAAAGGCAGCCUUCGAGGGACUUAAUCGGGUGACGUUCAGUGGGUUGCUUAACUGUCUGGAUGGUGUGGCAUCGACCGAGGCACGCAUCGUCUUCAUGACCACCAACUAUCUCGAGCGCCUCGAUCCAGCGUUGAUACGACCGGGCCGGGUCGAUGUGAAGGAAUACGUUGGCCACUGUACACGCCAUCAGAUGGAGCAAAUGUUUCGACGGUUCUACACCGGUACGGAUGCAGAAGCGAAUGCGCGCAUUUUUGGCGAUCGUGUUGCUGCGGACGGACGAAACGUUAGCCCGGCACAGAUUCAGGGAUACUUCAUGGUGCACAAAAUGUCCGAUCAGCAAACCGUACUGGAUAAUGUGCAGCAAAUCUGGGACAGUACAUAA